AUGACGCCACAGGACUUCCUCGAAUCGGUCGUGGAACAGGAGCCGAGACCUCGACUUAAGCGACGCGUCCUGACUACGAAAGAGAUCGAGUACCUUCGCGACCACACGCCGCCGCUCAAAAAGGGUUCCUCGCAAAUGUUCCGCAGCAUGAGAGACAGGGGUAUCAUCUCAUACACGGAAUAUUUGUUCCUGUUAUCAAUACUAACAAAGCCGGCGUCAGGGUUCCAAAUAGCGUUUAACAUGUUCGACACGGACGGCAACCAAAGAGUAGAUAAGAACGAAUUUCUAGUCAUCCAGCGUCUGCUCGGAGGCUCAUUGAAGGAUCGGAAAGACCUGGACCCGAAAACUCAACAGGCACUGCUUGCCUUAGUGUCCUCAAGUGCACUGAAGAAUGACAUGAAGAAAAAGGAAAAUAGUUAUAAGCCGUCGACAAUGGAGAAGAUCUUCAGUUUUGCCUGGAAGGGCAAGAGAGGAAUUGAGAACCAGCAAGGUGAAGAAAAGCAAGGGAAAGAGAGCAGGCCCCAGGAUAACUACGUCAACGAUGAUCAGGGUUUGCAGCGUCGACACAGCGUCGACACAUUUUUGCAGGUUCACUUCUUCGGUAAGAAGGGCACGAGCGAUCUCAAAUUCGAGGGCUUCAGGCAGUUCAUGGAGAACUUGCAAACCGAAGUCCUCGAGCUAGAAUUUCAUGAAUUUUCUAAAGGGCAUGAGACAAUAUCAGAAGUGGAUUUCGCAAAGAUCCUCCUCCGUUACACCUACCUCGACACGGACGAGUACGACAUGUACUUGGACCGGCUGCUGGACCGCGUGCACGACGGAUGCGGCAUCACCUUCGACGAAUUCAAGACCUUCUGCCAGUUCCUCAACAACCUCGAGGACUUCACCAUCGCGAUGCGCAUGUACACGCUAGCCGACCAUCCCAUCUCUAAGGACGAGUUCCACCGCGCGGUGAAGAUCUGCACGGGUAUCGCGCAAUCGGAACACCUUGUUAGCACCGUGUUCGCGAUCUUCGACGCGGACGGCGACGGCCUUCUCAGCUACAAAGAGUUCAUCGCUAUCAUGAAGGAUAGGCUGCAUCGAGGAUUCAAGUCAUACGCGAAAAACGAAGGCUGGGAGGCGUUCAAGACAUGUGUCAAGCAAGAAAUGAAGAGCUCCGUUUAG